CCCCGCCAACAUACCCGUAGUGAGCCGCCAGCGCCUGCCCGUCUCUCCGCCCACAGCGGCGCUGCCUGUGGAGCGCUGGGCUGAAAACGUCAACAGAUACUACGGCUCCCAGAGCAUUGGGGGAGAGGGACUGGUGGCGGCGGCUGUGCCGCCCAGUGAGGAGCUUUCAGAGCUGGAAUCGCUGUACCAGGCCAGUCUGCUGGCUCCCAGCAUGCACCGGGGCAGCCGGGGAGUCAGCCCUCAGCCGAGUGGCAGCAAACCAGGCGUGAGGAGGAGGCAGUCGGGACCCGGACGCUCAAAAACGCCGACAGCUGAGAUCGAGAGAGACGCCUACAGGACCCCAGUGGCAGCCCUGCAGAAGCCACCAUCAGCUGAGGACGAGAGCUACAGCGCCGAAAACCUGCGACGCAUCGCCCGCAGCCUCAGCGGGACCGUCAUCGGGUCGCGACCCCAAAACCUCGCCCCCUCCCACAGCUGUGACCCCUCUGUCUCCAGACCCCCCUCAGACACUCUUCCUCCUCCUCUUCCCUCCUGCGUCACUCCAGCUCCUCUACCCUGCAUCCCCCUCCUCUCCCUCCUAUACUGCAGAUCACUCCCACCACCACCAGCCCCGACUUCACGGCCCUCUCCUCCUGCACAGCAUCCCCCAUGCAGACAUCACGGCCCCCAGCUCGGGGCCCUCCUCCUGGGGACACUCAGGAGCUGGUGCAAGCGUCCAGCAGCACAUUCUGGUUGUGCCUGACCGGCGUCAGACUCUCUCAGCUCACGGCGUCCCGAUGAGUUAUGGCACGCUACCUCGAGCUCCUCGCCGAGCCCCGCCUCCCUCCACCUCCUCCCUCCCCA